AGAAAGAGGGUGCAUGCAUGUGGCAUGCACUUUGCUUACUGAGAAACAAUUCAAGGGGAGAAUUUGACAGAGUUUGAACAAAGCUUCUGAAUGGCUACUGAACAAGAUUCAGAUGCUCAAAAGAAGCUAGCCGAGGACUUAUGGACGGCUGUAGUCGAUAAUGACGUCACCAAAGUUAGGUCCCUGUUGGGACAGGGGGCAGACCCCAACCACCAGUUCUACUGGAGUGACGAGUGGGCGUUGCCUCCAUUACACGAGGCUUGCUUGCAGGGCUACCUUGAGAUUGUGAAGACACUGGUUACUCAUGGAGCUCGUACUGAUAAAGGUGAUGGGACGAACAACAUGACUCCACUUCACUGGGCAUGCGAGGGAGGUCAUAAAGAGGUGGUGCAGUACUUGAAGGAGGUCGGGUGUAGCACUGAUGUGAGGGACUGGUGGGGCCGAACACCACUGCACUGGGCUUGUGUGAGAGGACAUAUACAACUAGUGAAAUACCUAGUUGAGGAACUAAAGUGUGAUGUUGAUAUGACUGAUGAUUAUGGCAAGACUCCUCUUGACUGGGCAGUACAGGAGGGUCACACUGAAGUUGCUGACUAUCUCAAGUCUGUAGUCUCCACUCCUGAACCAGAUACUCCAAAUGGUUCCGAACAACUUUCUUCAAAGGAUGAUCCUAACCUAACCUCAUCAACGGCAGAAGUUCUUUUUGUUUAUGAGAAAACUCAAGAUGAUGAGCUGUCUUUGAUGGUGGGGGAUGUCAUUCAAGAUGUUGUGACAGUUGAUGAAGGCUGGUGUGAAGGAACUUUGAAUGGAGAAAGAGGGCUCUUCCCUGUAAAUUUUGUCAAAAUGAGACCAGCCGAGAUCCCACCUCCAGCACAACCACCAUCAGAGCCACCGGUUGUGCGAGAUGGUGGAGGAGCUAUAAAGAGCCGACGUGCUAAGGUGGCAUACAGCUAUGUUGCAGAAAGUCCUGACGAGCUUUCUCUUGAACCUGGACAGAUCGUUGAGGUGAUAGCAGAAGAGGAGGAGGGAUGGUUUAGAGGGAGGCUCAACAAUAAGGAGGGGGUCUUCCCAAGUAACUUUAUAGAAUUCAUCCCGGUACCAGCCGAGCCUCCACCAGAACCAGAUGGUGGAGGAGCUAUAAAGAGCCGACGUGCUAAGGUGGCAUACAGCUAUGUUGCAGAAAGUCCUGACGAGCUUUCUCUUGAACCUGGACAGAUCGUUGAGGUGAUAGCAGAAGAGGAGGAGGGAUGGUGUAGAGGGAGGCUCAACAAUAAGGAGGGGGUCUUCCCAAGUAACUUUAUAGAAUUCAUCCGGGUACAAGCCGAGCCUCCACCAGAACCAGUCGAUAUUCAAAACCCAACCUACUUGAAGAAACUGGACGAGCUGAUGACCGACAAAAACAACACCAUCGAGCUACACUAUCUCAAGACACACUUCAUUGGUCCUUCGGGUAUUGGCAAAACGACCACUCGACAGCGGCUUGUUGGAUCCAUUACUAACCUGUCUUUGCUGCCCGAAGAUCAAAGGAAACGUUGCAGUACAUUACUAGCCGAGUGUGAACAAGUAUUGGCCUUUGUGGACAAAUCUGGAACAAAGCUUGAAUUCAAAGCAUCUUCAAGUCUAGAGGAAGAAACACAGUUUAUCUUCUCUUACCUUAUGUCCUGUGAACCUAUUGAUGACAGCACUGUCAGUCCACCUAAGGAAGAGCCCACACAAGAAACCACUGACCCCAAGAAGCAAACUCAACUCAAGAUUGAUGAAACUGCUACUGCACCCAAAGAAACGGUAUCACCAACUGAUCAGCCAACACCAGAACCGCCGGAAAAGGUCGUGAAAGUGACUACUGUAGAUGUUGGAAAGGUUGUCUCGCGACUCCGAAGUAUUGUGGGCUCAGGAGAGUACACUAAAGAGUUGCUGAACAAAGUCCUACUCAAUCUGGUCGAUAUAGGUGGGCAGCCUGGAUUCGUGGAGAUGUUUCCAUUUUUAAGCAAAGGCGCAGGGAUUUUCCUGGUAUUCUUUCGACUGGACAAAGACCUCGAUGACAUGUGUCAAGUCUCCUACGAACGAGGAAAGGACAAGAUCACACCAUACGAUUCAACGUACACAAGCACAGAAACACUCUCUCAAAUCCUCUCAGCUAUCAGCCACCAUACCAAGAUUGACUCGGAUAUUGACAGAGAGCAGUGUAGUAAACUGGGCAAUCUAGGCUCUGCUAAGCCUGUUGCUACCCUCAUAGGUACUUUCAAGGAUGAACUGACAAUGCAAAUCAAAGUCGAUCUUCUGUACGAGAAAUAUUGUCACUCAGCUAUCUACAAGAGCGAUAGUACCACUGCCAGCAAGAGCGAUGGCACCACUGCCAGCAAGAGCGAUGGCUCCACUGCCAGCAAGAGCGAUGGCACCACUGCCAACAAGAGCGAUGGCACCACUGCCAGCGAGAGCGAUAGUACCACUGCCAGCGAGAGCGAUGGCACCACUGCCAACAAGAGCGAUGGCACCACUGCCAGCGAGAGCGAUAGCACCACUGCCAGCGAGAGCGAUAGCACCACUGCCAGCAAGAGCGAUAGCACCACUGCCAGCAAGAGCGAUAGCACCACUGCCAGCAAGAGCGAUCGUACCACUGCCAGCAAGAGCAAUGGCACCACUGCCAGCAAGAGCGAUAGUACCACUGCCAGCGAGAGCCUAAAAGAAAACGAACAAAAGAAAGCAAUUCGGAACAUUUUGACUCAACAGAAGAGUGAUGAGCAUGCUAACGUCAGUGCAGAAGACAUGGCUGCCAUUGAGCAAACAGUCAGCCAACAUCUCAACUCAGACACUUUCAAUAAAGAUGUCCAAAACCGUUUAGAGAAAAAGUUGACAGAGAAAAACGAAGCCUUGACCAAGAUUACCAGCAAGUUUGAGGAUUUACUUUCUCACCCAAAAGACAAGAAGUUCAUAGCAGUGGACAACUACGAAGGCACUGAUUCUGAUAUGGAACCUCUUCGUGAACAUCUUCAUGGCUUAUUCAGUAGCUAUUUCAAAGAUGCCAAGCUUCGAAUUCGCCCACAACAGCUUUUGUUUGGAGUUGUACUGAGAAAAGAGUUUGAUAUUGUGUCUAUGGAAGAAUGCAUUCGUAUCGGUACCGAGGGGUUAAAGAUGAGAGAGGAGGAGGUUCGAUUCACCGUUUGGUACCUGGAUCGGUAUGUUGGAGCCUUGAUCUAUCAUCCAGAGAUCAAGGAUAAAGAUGGUUGGUUUGGGAACUUUGUCAUUUGCAACCCCCAAGUGGUAUUCAACAGCCUCAGUGUUCUCGUUGUCAAUCCGUUGCUGGAGCUCCAUUCUGAAAAGAGUAUUAUUCAGUUUAAGGAAGCUGAGAGAAGAAAUUGGAUACUCAAGGGGCAAUUCUCACUGAAAACAAUCACUCGAUGCCAUUCGGAGGAAAACCAAAGUGUGAAGAAAGACCAGUUGAUCCCUGUUGAGAAGCUGCUGAUACUACUCGAGCAUUCCCAUCUCUUGGCCAAAAUCACAACAGUGGUGAAGGAAGGCCUUACCACAGAAAAAGACGAAACGACGUUUUUCAUCCCCGCUAUUCUCAAGUGUGCAUCUCGCGAGGAACUAACGAAACCACCCCCCACUGGCAUUGAUACACCCUCUCCAAUCAAGAUCACAUUUGACCCCCAGUAUGUUCCCAUUGGAGUAUUCUGUGCCAUGAUCAGUGAAUUGGUCUCAAGGGGGAGUAAAGGCAAAGGCAUUCUGGGCAUGACUUGGAAACUUGCCACUGAUACCUCAGUAAAGAGAAACCUCGUCUCCUUUCACAUUGACGAAUCUGCCAAGCAUUUUGUUACCCUAAUUGCCCAUGUCGAUAGCUACGAGAUACGGAUUAUUCGACAGAACAGGAAUCAUACGAUGCACGAGCUUUGUUCCUACGUCCUCUCAACCCUCCUGUUGGUGAUGAAGGAUAUUAGUCCACUACUCACUCCGAUUAUUGCCUUCGACUGCUACUGUGGCACACAUGAAGAUGGUUCCAAGCUUUGCCUCCUCACAACAGGAGCUGAUCCCUGCUUUAAAUGCACCAGUGAAGUCUCUCUGAGUCCCCACCAAGAUUGUUGGUUUGCAGAAGAAGUCAGCCUGGGAGAUGAUGUGUUCCUCCUUGCCCUGCCCUUUGCUGAGGACCUAGAUCCAAGCCUCUCCUUCAAGUGGAGGAAGAGAAGACCGAGAAUUGGUGGGACUGAAAAUGAAUUGGAAUUCAAGGCCUCAUCAAAAAAUGGUCACUUCAAGGGCUUUAUCAGUUGUGAGAUCUCCAAGAACCAGAAGGCUUUCUUGACCGUGUACCACUGCCUCAAAGAGAGUGUUGAGGACACCUCCAGCUCUGAAACUGAUGAGCUGUUUGCAGAUGUGAAGGAAGUGAUCAAAGAGAUACGCUCUGACUGGUACAGCCUGGCUAUAGAACUGGACAUUGACUAUGCAACUAGGAAGAGUCUUGAGAAGGACUAUCGCUGGGUUGAGCCGUGCUUUGAGGCCAUGCUGACACACUGGGUGAAGCGCUCCUCUCCUUCCCCCUCCUGGUCUGCCCUUGUUAGAGCACUAGAGUCUCCUGCCAUUGCUCGUGGGGACAUUGCAACCACCAUUAAGACAAAAGCUACCAGCGACAUCUCUCCUGAUAUUUGUCCUCUCACUCACAAUGAGGGACUGAGUGUGGAUCAUCAUUUGAGGGUAGUGAGGACAGCUGCCUGGGAGGUGAGGGGAACAUGGCGUCCUCUGGGAGAGCAGUUGGGUGUCAAUGAGGGGACACUAGAUGCCAUCAAGAGAGACUAUCAGAACGAGUCUGGUGUGUGUUUCACUAAACUACUGGAGCAAUGGUUGACAGGAUUCACCCCCGCCCCCACACUAGGAGCACUCAUCCAUGCACUCAAGUCUCCUGUCAUUAGUCGUGGAGACAUUGCCCAACAGAUGGAGUCUAAACUAACCAAGCUAGCUUCACAGUAACACCUCCACUGACUCCAUAUCAUGAUAGUGACUCGUACAUCUUUUAUUGAUCAGAAACAACUAAUUAAUUUUUAUGCUUUGUUUUGCUGGUUCCCACUCUUGCUAAGAUUUGUGCAUAAUAAUAAUAAUGCAGUGCAUCAGCGUUAUAAUUAUAUAAAA